UCUUUCCACCCUUGUCAUCCAUGUUGCUUGAAACAGAAAGGAAGGAGCUCUGGGUGUGUACUGUCGACAUCUUCGCUGUAUUUUCUUCGUGUUGAGUAGCAGACAUGGUUGGACGGAUCGUUCCUCUCCUCGCGCUGCUCGCGGUGAUGAGCGGCGCGCGGGCCCAGAGUAAAGCAGCAUUUUUCGCGGUCGGUGACCCGCUCGUUCUCAAGCCUCCGUCGCAAAAGACUCCCAUCACCAGCAUAACAUGGAAGCACAAAGGGAACAUUGUGACAGAGUGGAUCAAAGACCAGCUUCCACUGAAGGAUUAUGGCGACUUUAGAAACCGAACGUCUCUGGACUUAAACACCGCAGAGCUGACGAUAAAAAACACGACGUCUGCUGACGCCGGACAGUUCGAGGUGGAGAUCAACAACAAAGUCCUGGAGGAGAAAUACCAGGCGGAGGCCAUCAAGAAGGUACCCAAACCUGAAGUAAUUCUGAGAACCCUGACAUGCACCGAGACCUCACCAAGCUGCAACCUGAGCUGCGGCGGAGCCCCUGAAAGACCCGAACUCGUCUCCUAUUCCUGGAAGAGAGGAAACGGACAGUGGGCAAAGUCAGACAAGAACCUGAACAUCAACAAUGAUGAGCAAACACAAGCUUUUGAGACAUUUUCCUGCAAAAUGGAAAAUCCAGUCAGUCAAGAGGAAAGCGAACCCUUCAAAAAUCCCUUCUUCAAACCACCACCACAGGCCCCCGUAGCUGGGAUUGUUGGGGGCGUCAUCGCCGUCACAGCAAUGGUUGGAGCUGGAGUUGCUGCAUUUUUUAAGAGAGACAAACUGAAAUCUAUGUUCAGCAGGGAAGAGGGGGCUGCAUCACCAAAGGACCGCGAAAACCCUGCUGAGCAUGAAAAACUUAAAGAGACCAACUGUGACGGUCACUGAAACUGGUCCUACUGCUACAUGCCUACAUGCUAACAUGCUACAUGCCAACAUGCUACAUGCUAACAUGUUACAUGCUUACAUGCUAACAUGUUACAUGCCAACAUGCUACAUGCUAACAUGCUACAUGCUAACAUGCCAGGUGGUGUUGGCUCCCACAUCCAUCAGACAGGAUUCAACUUCAUUCUCGGGACAUUUUCAUUUUUUCUUUCUUCUUGACAAUCAUAUAUCACUCGUUCAGACGCAUGGAAAUGUUGAAGCAUGAAAGUCCAGAAAAAGUUCUGACUUUUUUAUCCUUUCUGUCCGGAGAAACGCAGCAGCAGAGGAAUGAUUGCUUGAGUUAAAAUAUCAGCAGCUGCACGAAGAAAUAGUCUGCGUCCAGCUAAAUCUGUGGGUCGAACCUCUUAAUACAAAUAACGAUGGGUGGAUAUUAUAUACAUGGCUAAAAAGAAGUAAUAUGGUGUAAAAAUGAAAAAAGAUGAUAGUAAAUGGGCAUCAAGGGGUUAAAUUUGGCCUUGAAAUGAACUUGUUAAGGUCACAGUUAAAAAAGCCCAUUUUACUCGCUGCUUCUCAGCUCUGUUUUAUUUACUGUUAAAGCUUUUAGUUUUCUGCAGUAAAAAUAAGAAUCUGCUGAAUAAUUUUGAGCUGAAUUGUCUAAAUUCCUGUGGGUGUGGGUGUAGUCAAACCAGCUGUGUUUCUGUCAUUUCCACCACCAGAUGUGCUGCAAACAGCUGCCUGGAAAGAAUGAGCAGAAAAUCCAACCACACCUCUUCUAUCUGAAACGAGAGGCCUCAGAAAUGAUGUCCAGCCCUGAAAAUGCUGGUUUAUUUGAUCCGGUCAGGUUUUAGUAGUUAUAAAUCAUUUUAAGAUAAAAUGCUUUAAAUGUCACGCAUAUGCAAAAUUGGGAAGAUUACAAAGAACUUUGAGACGUUAGUUUUUAACGUUUUGUACAACAGCUUUGUUCAGUUUCCAUUCAGUUCAGAUAUAGAACAUAAAUGUGAACAGACAUGCUUGCUUUUAAAAGAAAAUGAGAUGUUCAGCCUUAACAGGAAGCUCUUGGAGAGCGUUUUCAGCUUCUGAUGUGAUUGUAAGUUUUAAACUUUUGUGUUCUUGUGCUUUAAAUCGAGAAAAAGUAUAAACGCCGCUUUUAUUUUGUAACUUAUUGUGUUAAAUAUUUGUACAAUUUCAGUAUCAUUUUAGUGCCUUUUGAAUAAAUCUUAUACCAACACGAAA